CGAGACUGCAGUAGUAGUGAGACGUAUCUUGCACACAAUAUGAGCACUUUACUGAGUUUAAAUGAAGAAAACAUAGGUCCGCAGAGAUGUGCAAGGCUGUGGAUCCUAUCAAUAAUGACCUUCAUAACUUUUUUAAUAACUCUACUAUUAAUUCCAGAGUACUACGUAUACAAGAACUUUGUUUCAGCAGAGUGUAAGGUAACGGACAAGAGCGUCUACUCAUUUUUCAUCAACGAAGCCAAGAUAGCCAAUUUCGUCACGGUGUACGAUGAAGAAGGAGAGGUCACCGAGCGAUUCGAGGCGUAUGCGUGUAAUCCGAUCGACUGUGACUCUAAGAGUGGCGGUUUCAUGGAUAAGCAAACGUGGUUGCGAUCAUAUAAUGAAGGACAGGUAUAUCCUUGUAUGUACAGUCCGAUGCAUGCGACUGGAGGCUACAAUUGGGUGACCUACGAUCCGGUUCCUUAUUCGUACUCCAUAAUGGUCAUGUGGGUGGUGAUGGGUCUCAUCAUGUUGAUCUCGUUUCUGCUCUAUCUUCAUUCCCUGUGCUGUGCGCCGGUUGACAGUGUCUACAGUUACUGUUAUAGGAUAUGGGUACUACUGAGGGAUGAUUUCGGGAUGGGCGAGAAGGCCAGCGGGUGCUGGGUCGCCUUUAAAAGUCUCUUGCCCUGCAGAGGGUGCCGAAGCUAUAAAUACACACGGCAGAUGGAUUAUGAGAUGGAUGUGGUAGAACUCGACGAGCACAACGAACCGCCAUCGUAUGAGGGGCCUUCAGAACCCCCACCAGACUAUGGCCACGUGUACCACGAUUAAUCACAAGGAGCAACCCAUGUCGUAUAUAUAACUGCAGAAUGGCCACCGAAUGCGCCGUCGCUAUCAUUCACGGAACAUAAGUAAAUAACAAAAACCUAGUCAGGAUCACCCCUAUCCAACAUUAAAUAUCAUUGGGGACUCAAUCUAUAUGAUGUAUCACAGUUUCAAAAUCUGACGCCAAGACAAUAAGGAUUUCACGAAAUAUAAAUCGCGGGUUUAUACUUCGACUGGUUAUGGAGAUUGUUACAUUCCAUUCUACCGCUCCUAGGCGCUUGUUCCAAUACAGCCUCUAUGAACGAAGUAAGGUUUUUUGGUGUUACAGUUUGAUUCGCGUGUGCGUUGUCUUUACGGUGGCUUCAAUCUACUAUGCGUGUUUGCCCGAGUUAUAUCGUGUUUUCCUUGUCCUGAGCCUAUAGGGCUACUAUAGGGCACUACUACAUGACAUACAGGUACACUCUCCAUAGUAGCGGGUGCGGUAUGUGCUGAUAUUGUUUGUUGUCAAUCAUUCAACAAUUUUUCAACUUUCGUAUUUGCGCAUAAAUUUCUUCUACAUUUACACUACGGAUGUGCUUCUCGUUUCGGGUCGUCGUUUGGCAUACCUAGCGGCGAGCCCUAUUUCCGCUGUCUAAUAAAGUAUGUGAUCCACAAUGUACUAGUUGUGGAAUGUGCGUAUGGGGUGUGUCAUCGGUAACCCUACACCUAAUUCUUCUAAAUAUUUGCCUAAAAUUGUUUAGUAUGUGUCAGUGGUGAGAUACAUCGCAAUCUGAUUCCGCGCAUUUGAUGAACGUGGGCGGUCAAACGAUAUGCAGGAGAUGCGUACUGCUAGCAAGGGUUUGAACCCGAGUUAACCAGGUCGUUCAUGAUAC